AUGGAGCUUUCUAACGUCCCGCUGCUGCCUUUCCUCGACUUCCACUGCUCCUCUGCGUGCGCUGCAGACUGCGACGGGCUGCACAUCAAGUGGAAGCAGCCUGCGCCUGAGGCUGAGGUGCAACAAACCGGGGGAGCAGCUGGAUGGGAACCGCUGAGUGAGAGCGCUUUUGAGCCUCCGUCUCAAAACUCCUCUGAGUGCGCUGCGGACUGUGACGGGCUGCACAUCAAGUGGAAGCAGCCUGCGCCUGAGGUGCAGCGAGCCACUUUUGGGACGUCUCAAAAGUCGUCUAUUGCUACCACUGCCAUGAACCUCCCUAAGGUUCCGCCGCUGCUGGUGUUCCUCGACUUCCACUGCUCCUCUGCGUGCGCUGCAGACUGUGACGGGCUGCACAUCAAGUGGAAGCAGCCUGCACCUGAGGUGCAGCGAACCGGGGGAGCAACUGGGAGGGACCCACUAAAUGUCAGCAUGUCAUCAACAGAAGGACACGUCAGCAUGCUGACUCAGCCGUCGCCGACUAGACAGGUUUUCAAGCCGUUGAUGGAAGCAGCUGCUACUCCAGCGCCUGCUACAACCCAACCUCAGAUCCAUUCAGCGGUGAACGCUCCCGCUCCUGCUGCUGCUGCUGCUCCUGCCACUGCUGCUGGUUCCCCUGGCGGCACCGCCCCCACCCCCGCCGCCGCUGCCGCCGCCGCCGCCGCUGCUGCUGCUGUUGCUGCUGCUGCUGCUGCUGCUGUUGCUGCUGCUGCUGCUGCAUUGCCUAUUCUCGAGGCAUCUCAAGAAUCUCCGCCGUUAACUGCUUUAGCCCAGUAUGAAAACCCUUCGAUGGUGAACACCCUGGGGUUUGCUGCUGUUGCUGCAAUGCCUGCCACGGUGCCGAGCGUGCCGUUGAAUCCUCCUGUUCAAUCCCUCUCCCAAGAAGCACCGAUGCUGCACAGAUCAGCGCUAGCGUUUGAGUCGACUCAAAAGUUGCCUGCCACGGUGCCGAGCGUGCCGUUGAAUCCUCCUGCUCAAUCCCUCUCCCAAGAAGCGUCAGUGUUGCAAAGCCGGUGGGGUGAUGGUGAUUCGAUUGCUGAGGCCGCAGCCAUGCAGCCUCGGAAAAGGCAGUGUUUGGCGGGCGAUGAUGGAGUGGGUUGCAAGCGCACAGACAUCAGUACAGGUGCAGGCUCACUCGGUGCAGGCUCACUCGGUGCAGGCUCACUCAGUGCAGGCUCACUUGGUGCAGGCUCACUCGGUGCAGGCUCACUCGGUUCAGGUGUUCAGUGCGCCACUGUUGGUUCAGAUCUUCCCAGGAGGAAAGUGGACACUCCUGCUCCAAUCCAUGCCGUUCAAUCCACUGUCUACGCGAUUGGCUCUGUCGCAGUGAGCCCGCCACCUGCUGUUGAGUCCGUAACGGCUGCACAAAUGUCACCAGAGGCGGCCCUGCGAGCUUCUGCCACACGUCACGAUGUGCAUUCUGCACAGUUGAACGGGAGGGACCAAGCGGGUGACAAUGUGACGUUUGAGUCGACUCAAAAGUCAUCUUCUGCCGCACGUCAUGAUGUGCAUUCUGCACAGUUGAACGGGACGGACCAACCUGGUGACACUGACCAUGUGCUGGGCUUGGAGCGGCCGCCUAUUCAGCGACGAAGUGCCACGGAGAAGCUUAGAAGGCACCGGAUCAGGUAA